CGGAGACUUUUUUGCAGCUGACCCGGCACGGCGGGUGACGCGAAGGCCCAGGCGGAAGUGCGGGCGGCGGAUCCGGAGUCGGAUCCCGGGCCAGGAGCCGGGUCUGUGGGCUCCAAGCUGGGGUUGGUUGGGGUGCCGCCAUGGCGACCCUGUGGUGGGGAGGCCUCCUGCGGCUCGGCUCGGUGCUCAGCCUGUCCUGCCUGGCGCUCUCCUUGCUGCUGCUGGUGCAGCUGACAGACGCGGCCAAGAAUUUUGAGGAUGUCCGGUGUAAAUGUAUCUGCCCGCCCUAUAAAGAGAAUUCUGGGCAAAUUUAUAAUAAGAACAUAUCACAAAAAGAUUGUGACUGUCUUCAUGUUGUGGAGCCCAUGCCUGUGCGGGGACCUGACGUAGAAGCAUAUUGUCUGCGCUGUGAAUGCAAAUAUGAGGAGAGAAGCUCUGUCACAAUCAAGGUUACCAUUAUAAUUUACCUUUCCAUUUUGGGACUCCUACUUCUGUAUAUGGUGUAUCUUACCCUGAUUGAGCCCAUACUGAAGAGACGCCUCUUUGGACACUCACAGUUGAUACAGAGUGAUGACGAUGUUGGGGAUCAUCAGCCUUUUGCAAAUGCCCAUGAUGUGCUUGCCCGCUCCCGCAGUCGAGCCAAUGUUCUGAACAAGGUAGAAUAUGCCCAGCAGCGUUGGAAGCUUCAAGUUCAAGAACAGCGAAAAUCUGUCUUUGACCGACAUGUUGUCCUCAGCUAAUUGGGAAUAAAAGUCAAAGUGACCAGAAAAAAAAAUGGGCUGACAAUUGGAAAGAAUUGAGAUUCCUGGGUUUUGUUAUAAUGACCUGUUGAUUUCACCAACUCUUGCUGGAAGACUCAAAAUUGAAAGCAAAAAUAUGCUUAGUAUUUUUUUUCUCAUUAAUGUAUUAAUGAAGACAUUUUUAAAAGCACACAGUUCAAAGUCAGUCUAUAAAUCUUUUCCUACUUGUGACUUUUACUAAUAAAACUAAAUCUGCCUGUAAAUUAUCUUGAAGUCCAUUAUCUGAAACAAGCACUCUCUUUUUCACCACAUAGUUUUAACUUGAUAUUCAAGAUAUUUUUCAGGGUUGGGUUUGCUUUUUUAUUUUUUUUUUUGGUGUGUGUUAUUGUUGUUGUUUUUUUUUGUGGCAGAAGGAGAGAUGCGUGGAAAGUGCUUGAUGAAACUUUCUUAAGUCACUUUACUAAACUUUUGUAAAUAGUUCGUACCUUCUGUUUUCAAAGUCAUUGGUAAUGUUCCAAUGUAGCCAACCUCAUCAAAGCACUGACUUGCUCAUUUGACUUUUGCACUGACUAUAUUAUCUAGGUAUCUGGUUGGCCUAUGGCUGCAUUUCGUGGUAAACUGGAUCUGAAAUGCCUGGUGGCUCUUCACAAAAUGCAGAUUUUCUUCAUGUACUGCGAUGUCUGAUGCAAUGCAUCCCAGGACAAACUGGCCAUUUGCUAGUUUACUUUAAUGACUAAACAUAGUCUUGGUGUGUGUGGUCUUCCUCAUCUUCUAGUAUCUUAAGGACUUGGAUGCUUGCAAUAAAGAAAUUUCCUCUUGAAUCCAAGCCUCCCUGGGUUGAUGACAUACUCAUAUUGGUCAGCAUUUCCAGUCGUGUUGAACGGCAGCUGUUUGAACUCUCGCGUGCAGCUUUGAACUAGGACUGGGGUUUGGUUGCCUCUCUGAAAAGCAUAACAAUUAUUGGAUAACUGGGUUUUUUUCUUCCUAUAUGUCCUUUUUGGAAUGUAACAAUAAAAAUAAUUUUUGAAACACA